AUGCGCAAGACUAAGAUUAUCGCCACCAUAGGCCCAGCAUCCCGUUCUCCGGAAAUCCUGGACCGUCUCGUGGGCGCCGGCAUGGACGUUGCCCGCCUCAACUUCUCCCACGGCACGCUUGAAGAACAUGCCGAAGUCAUCGCGGCGGUACGGACCGCGUCCGAAAAACACAACCGGCCCGUCGCCGUCCUGCAGGACCUGGGAGGCAACAAGUUCCGGUUGGGAAACAUGGCGGAGCCGGCGCAAUUGAACUUUGGUGAUGAAGUUUCCAUCGUCAACGAGCCGAAUUCAGUCUCUCCGUUUCGCCUCCCCUUCCCUGAACCUGACAUCCUGCGCAGCAUGCGUCCCGGCAACCUGGUUUAUAUCUCCGAUGGGACCGUGUGUCUGGAAGUCCUGGAAAUAACCCCGGACCUCGAAGUAAAGACCAGCGUCCGCAACGGCGGCAAUCUCUCCUCGUACAAAGGGGUGAACCUCCCCGACGUGCCCAUCGACAUGCCGGUAAUCACCGAAAGCGACAAGAUCGCCCUGCAGUUUGGGGUGGAUCAGGAUGUCGACUGGGUCGCGCUGUCCUUCGUGCGUACCGGCGAAGACGUCCGCUACGCCCGAGCCUAUCUCAACCAGCUCGGCAGCCGCGCACCCGUCAUGGCCAAGCUCGAACGGCGCGAAUGCAUCGCCAACCUGGACGAGAUACUCGAGGAGGUCGACGGCAUCAUGGUCGCCCGCGGCGACCUUGGCGUCGAGAUGCCAAUGGAAGAGGUCCCCAUCAUACAGAAGGACAUGGUGACCCGAGCCAACCGCGCCGGACGUAUCUCCUCGGUCGCCACUCAAAUGCUGCGGUCGAUGGUCAACUCACCCACGCCAACGCGGGCGGAAGUGUCCGACAUCGCCAACGCCGUGCUUGACGGCUGCGACUCCAUCUUGCUGUCUGACGAAAUCGCAGUCGGCGCUCAUCCGGUCGAAGCGGUGCGCAUCGCCGACGCCGUGAUCGUCCAGGCCGAGAAGAUGUACCACUAUUAUUCCGAAUUCCCCCAACGCGACCAGACCCAGUCCGUCACCUGGGGAGCCACCCAACUGGCGAAAUCGCUGAACGCCAAACCCAUCGUGAUAACCAGUUCCGGGCGCGCCGCCUACGAGAUGUCGCGCUUCCGUCCCGAAAACGACAUCAUCGUGUUCUCCCAUGACGCCGCCGUACAGCGCCGCGUGUGCAUGGCGUGGGGGCUGAUCCCCAAGGGCGUCAUACCCGCCGAGCCCGACGUCGCCAAGUUGGUAACCAUGCUGGUUGACGCGGCCAUGGCCACCGGAAUGGUUUCGGAGCGGGACGUGGUCACCCUGGUCCACGGUUUCAUGACCGGGGUCACUGGUACCACCAACACCAUCCAGGUGCUCAACAUCCAGGAGUACCUGGACCACAUCGGCCGAAACGCUGUUGCCUCUGCCGCACCGGAUGUCGUCUGA